GUCCUAGUACUUCCGGGUUGUACCAUUUCCGGGUUAGAGGUGAACGCGAGAGUAGGCAACGUGCUACAGUGUGUCCUGGACAGCUGAACGGUUUUGUCGCUUUACAAAGAAAUGACUGUAACAAUGGAGGACACCGAACCAGAGAAGAAGCUCAAACUCAAACGCACCAAGGGAACAGCGACUGGUCCACCCACCAAGAAAGUCAAGUCCUUCAAUGACCAGUCUCAAGAACUCGCAGGAGGGAAACUUUUCAAGAAAACAGACCAGAAGGCAAAGGGCAAGAAGAUUAAGAAGGACGGCAAGGUGAAGAAAUCUUCAGAUGGAGAAGAAAAGACAGGACAAAAGAAAAAGGUACCCAUGAAGAAAGGGAAGAAGAGAAAGAGUGAAGGAGAUGGUGAAAGUGGGGAAAGCCCAGAAAAAAAGCAGAAGCUCGUGGAGAUGAAGAAGAAAGAGCGGAAGGAAGUCCGCAGACAGCUUAAGAACAACUACCCACUUCUCAAGAGGACCAAGGAGAUCUGGGAAGUUGUCAGAAGACAUGACUGUAAGAAGGAGACCAGAGCCAAACUGAUGACGGAACUCUACGGUCUCAUCCAGGGCAGGGUCAAGGAGCUUGCCAAUGCCCAUGACUCAGUGCGAGUGAUGCAGUGUUGUAUCCAGUUUGGUACUCUGGAGCAGAGGGCAACAUUGUUUGAAGAACUCAAAGAUGAGUUGGUGAAUAUGUCCAAGUCCAAGUACGCAAAGUUUAGUGUCAGGAAGUUACUGAAGUAUGGGACCAAAGAACAGAAAGCUGAGAUCAUGAAGAGUUUUCAUGGUCACAUAAAGAAGCUUGUCAGACAUACGGAAGCCUCCAGUGUGCUGGAGUAUGCUUACAACGAGUGGGCCAAUCAGAAGCAGAGGAAAGCCAUGCUGCAGGAGCUGUACGGGAACACCUAUGUGGUCUUCAAGGCUCCUGGCACCACAACUUUGCAGGAACUCUUCACCCUUCACCCAGACAAGAAAGAACUGGUCAUGAAAGAGUUUAAGGAAUCUCUCACCCCACUGUUGGAGAAGACUGUGGUGAAACAUACUCUGGUACACAAGGCUUUACUGGAGUUCUUCACUCAUGCUGAGGGCAGGCUUAGAGCAGAAAUGAUUGAAGCCAUCAGAGAGUCCCUCAUCCACAUCCUGCACACCCAUGAUGGGUCAAGGGUCACCAUGCACUGCCUAUGGCAUGGGACAGCCAAGGACAGAAAAGUCAUCAUCAAGACAAUGAAGACCUUUAUGCAGAAGAUUUGCCAGGAAGAGUUUGCCCACCAUACCCUGCUGGCACUGUUUGAUGUAGUUGAUGACACCAAGUUGGUCUCUAAGGCCAUCUUACAGGUAUGGAGUCUUUACACUAUGUUGAAUUUGUUGAUCCCUUGUUUCAAAAUAGCCAGGAGGUCAAGCUUCGCCAGUAUGGACAAGGAUCGUUACUCCAUAGCCCUUUGCCUCUUCAUAUUUGUUGCAAUGAUAAGUUUCUUGUUUGUUUACAAUCAUGCUAACAGCAAGAAGGACCCCACCAUGAGAAGACAAGAGUUGCUAGAGUUUGUGUCUGUACCGUUGCUGAAGUUCUUCUCUGAACACACCAAGGACUUGGUGUUCGACAAGGCACAGAGCCAAGUCGCACUAGCUACCCUAGAAUAUGCACAGGGUGAUAAGACUGCAGCCUAUGAGGCCUUGUCAGUGUUGGCAGCUGAAGACUUCAUGCCACAAGGAAGAGAUGGGGAUGAAAGUCAGAUGCACCUUGUAGAACACCCAGCGGGUCACCUUUUCCUGAAGAGGCUGCUGACAUGGGAUAAGAACCAGAGGGAGGCUGGACAGACUCAAGGGUUCUUUGCCUUAGCGCUGCUGUCUGACCUUGAACCAGGUGCCAUGGCUUCAUGGGCCAAGGUCAACCGGGGAGCCUUCGUCAUUGUCAGUCUCCUAGAUACUGGCAUCCCAGAAGUAGUGAAGAGAGUACAGAAGGAGUUGGAGCCACAGAAGACAAUGCUUAAGAACAUUAAGGUUGCUGGUACGGACAUCUUGGUCAAGAAACUAGAAGCUGCAUCUGCAUAGAUAAGAAAGGAAAGUGAUGGGUCUUCACUAUACCAUAUGGUAAAACUAAUAACCAUUCAGAAUGAUUUUGAAAUCCUUGAACAGUAUGUAAACAUAUGUUGUGUACAAUAUAGUCUGUUUUGGUAAAAAGAAUCUAGUGUCUUAUUUUAUUAUUACAAGGUCUUCUGAAAUUGUUUUGCUAAAUGAAUAUUAGUACUAGUACCAACAUUAUAUUAUGCAGUUAUACUUCUUACUUAAGUCGUUAUCAUAGGAAGUUUCUAACUUUGUAUACUGUUCAGGUUGAUGUUGAAAGUGCAGGCUGCAAAAUGAUUGUUGCUUAUUAACUAUACUCAUAUGAUGUAAAUCAGGAUGGUGAUUUUGUCAUUUGAUCCAAGUGGUAAGUGAUAAGUGGUAAGUGGUUAUGUGCAUUUAUUGGCACAGCAUGGCCUGUUAAUGAAGAAAAUAUCCAAAACCAAAAGUAAACAAAGAACAUGUAGAAUUGACUCACCAGAAAGAACCUUACUGAAGAAAUCUAUGACCAAGAAACCAUCAUCAUUACAACCCCCAACAAUUCUUGUUGAACAAAA